GUAGAGUAAAUGGUAGGGUCUGUUUGAUGGUGCCUCAUAGUUGGUUACUACCUGUUACCACCUGGUUGCCUAAUCCUGUUUGAGAAACUGUUUGUUUCUUGCUCAAACAGGAUUUUACUGUCAUGUAGCUUUUGCUAGUCAACUAUGGCUACCUCUACAUGUUUACAUACACACUGUGUUGCUGAAGCCACCCUUGGUUCAUGUGGUGUGAAAUGCUGAAAUUGACCAGACAUCCAAGCAUAGGACAACAAACGACCUCAUCAACUUCUUCAUCCUUCGUAACUAUACUCAACAAAAGAUAACAUUGCUUUCCUUCAAUACCUGAACUGGUUAAGUUCUCAAACAGCUGUGUUGGACAAUUUGAUUCCCUAUAUGCACAUACACUUGCCUUUGAUGAAAUUGUUGAAUUGUAUAUGUAUGUAUAUUUUUGAGGACUUGUGGUAUAUUGGGUAUUGUGAAAUAUUGAAUGUGAGAAAUUGUUUGAAUACACGCUAAAUGAAACUGCACUCUUGUUUGUUCAAGACUUUAUUUAUUAAUAGACCUUUCUUGCACAAAAGAUGAUUCCCCUUUAAACUCUUGUAGCUUGACCUGUGCAAAGUAACUGGGAUGGUUAUAGAUUGGUGGCCCGUACGGGGAAACUUAAGUUGCAUAUUGAAGUGAAAGGUCUAUGUAGUGUUUGUUUUGUUUAAUGUGUGUAUUGUAUUAUAGCAAUGUCAAUAUCAUCACGUGGUGCAGAGGAUGAGUAUGAACCCGCUGCUGAUUUCACUGCUGGUCCUUUUGUGACUAGAAGAGACCCACCUCCAAUAAAAGAUCUCAUAAGCACUUUUAGUGAAUUGUACCUUAACUCAGACAACGAAAAUGAAUUUGAUGUUCAACCUGAUAUUCCUCUUCCUCCUCCUCCAGAUGAUAUAGCUCCUGAUUUACGUCCCACCGAACAAUUUAGUCAUGGACUGACUGAGAGAGUUACAGCUCUAGAAGGUGAAGUACAAACCUGUCUACAAAAACUAAGUCAAUGUUGCUCCCAAAUGGAGUUUAGCAGACAGAAUAAGCUGCUGGAAGAGAGAUUGAAUUAUAAAAUUCAAAGAGAAUGUGAACGGGUUAAGCAGAGCCUUGAGUUAAGCAUCCAAGAUUUGGGAAAGUCAAUGGUUGACUGUCUGAAAAGAAGAGACAUUCAGAUUGAUGCCAAAAUUAAAAGCUAUGCUCAUGUUGUAUCUACUCCAGUUUCUCCUCCAUUUUCUGCACCAGCUCACCAUGCAAGAUCUAACCAAAUUGCCAGCUUACCAGACAAUGUAAAUGAUAUAUUUUAUCGUCCACCUGUAAAAGCUGAAUUUCCUCAAUUUGAUUCUGAUGAUCCUGUCUCUUUCAUAGAACGUUGUGAGGAGUAUUUUGCAAUUAGACCCCUCACAGAUUCUGAAAUCCUUGCAUCCCUUACUUCUGUGUUAAAGGGGACGGCUAAAGACUGGUGGUUGGCUGAGAGAAGACAUGUACUUACCUGGGAGCAAUUUAAACAAGAGUUUUUGCAUGCUUUCCUUACUGAUGAUUAUGAAGCUGAAGCUACAAAACGUCUUUUAGAAAGGAAACAAGGUUCCAGAGAAUCCAUUCGUGAUUUUGCUUACCACUACCGAGCUCUUUGCUUAAGAUGGAAGAAAGAGAUGACAGAAAAAGAGAUUGUUCAGGCCAUUUUGAGAAAUUGUAACCCCAGACUUGCGAGUUUGCUGAGAGGAAAUGUGAAGGAAGUGAGUGAGUUGGUAAGAACUGGAACACAAAUUGAGAGGGAUUUUGAGGAAGCGAAGCGGUAUUGGUGUCAGGUUAAUGUUGAAACCCAGAAAAGAAAAUCCCCACUUGAACGAGAUUCUCAGUCCAAGUUAAAUCCUUCUUCAACCCGCAUUCUACAGCCUAUGAUGAGUGAGUACAACUUAAAAACUUUGUCUUUGCCUUUGUUGGUCAGAGGAAGAUAUUUUCAAGCCCUGGUCGAUACUGGAAGCUCAUUAACUCUGAUACAAGAGUCCUGUUGGAGAAAGCUGGGACAUAAAGAACAGCUUAAAUCAAGUGGUGGGCAAACUUUCAAGCAAGCCAAUGGUCAAGUAUUACAUGCUAUAGGAGUAUGGCAUUGUGAAUGUGAGCUACAUGGAAGAAUGUAUGAGGUCGAACUGUUUGUAAUGAAGGAUGAUGAUCUUACAGUACCCGUGGUACUAGGUAUGGAUUUUCUGGUAAUAACUGGAAUUCAUUUGGAUAUUGGCAAUGCUCUGUAUACUUUACCUGCUACCACUGAUUAUCAAGAAGAAACAUUUUCAUUCUUGACCCCUCCUGUUAAAGAUGCACUGCUGUCACUUUUCAUUGCCUUACCUAUUCCAGAGGAAACAACAGAAACCAGGCAGUGUAUUCAACAGUUGAUCACAAAUGCUGAUACCUCUUCCAUAUUCCAGUCACAACUUCAUCAUCUACUUCAAGAAUGGCCUACUGUCUGUACAAGUGAAAUCGGACACACCAGUGUGGUUAGACAUUCGCAUUAUCACCACCAACGAAGUGCCUGUUCGUAA